UGAUAUCUGAUGUAACUGUUUGCAUUGUCAAGUACCGUCCAAUCACUGCCCUCUGCGCACGUGGUCAGUGCUUGUCAAUCAAACCUAAUACCUAUUCUACUAUAAAUAAGACCAGAUUGUAAACCUUCAACUCACUCGCAUAUCUCAACUGUACCACUGAACUCCUCCCGACUAAUCAUUACAAUCAUAUUUGUGGUGUGAAGGAAAUUAAGAUCAAAACAAACAGAAAUGACAUAUUUUAUCAUAAUAAUGACAAAUAGCAGUUGCUUGUCAUUUUUAUUCUACCAUUAGGCAACUCUGCACUAAGAUAUCACGUGACGGUUUUGAUUGGCAAAUCAAUCAGCCAGGAAGCUUCUUUGCCAGAGAGGGUUUGUUCUCUAGCGUGACGGGCUCAGCCGUUUAUGUAUUUAUUUGGGCUUGAAUUUGCCACUUAAAAAGUCAGCUUACUUGUUAGUGCCUAUUAUCUAGGCAAACUCCAGAAAAUUGAUUUUACUGUCCAAAAAGGAGAAAUGAUCGCAGGAAUUUUACUCGCAUGCUUUGCAAGCUAUGGCAUUUACUUCGUCGCCUGGCUGAUUCUAAGGAAGAGAAAAGGUCUCCCCCCGGGUCCAUUGCCAUUACCUCUGAUAGGGAACCUUCAUCUCCUAUCCAGCAAACCUCACUUGGAUCUUACACGACUCGGAGACAUCUACGGGCCCAUCUACACAUUGAAUAUGGGGUCACAGCUAGCGGUGGUAUUAAACAGCUACGACAUUGCAAAGGAAGCGCUGAUGAAGCGAGGAAACGCAUUUGCUGGUCGACCGCAUCACUUUGUCGGUAGUAAGUUUUCGCGAGACGGUAAAGGCGUCGGGUUUCAGAAUUACACUCCCACCUUACGACGCCAGCAGAAAACUAUCAUGAAAACAGUGAAGUUUUUCGAUACCCUGAAGACAGGAGAGAGUUUACAGGAGAUUAUAACAAAGGAAGUCGAUUACCUUUGUAAACGGUUACUCAUCUUUGGAGACCAAAGUUUUGAUCCUCGCCACGAGGUGACUUUUGCUGCAGGGAAUGUUGUCGGCAGAAUUACAUUCGGCGAGCGUUACAAAGGAGGAAACAAAGAAUUUUGGCAACUUAUGGAAUCAUUGACAAUAUUUGUCGAAGGCCUUACUGCGACUAGCUUUAUUGAUGCAUUCCCGUUUUUGAAAUAUGUUCCGUUCAGCAUGGUAAAACGCGUGGAAAAGGCGGUAAAGCUACGAGACGAUGUUUUGAACGAUAAAUUUCGCGAUCACUUAAAGAACUGGCAGAACAGCACCAUAUCAACCACGACUAAUAGAGAUCUGACUUAUGCGCUUAUUGAUGAAGCAAAUAAGACAAACUGCUUUGCGAAUAGCCAAUCAGAUACGCUUACCAUCGAUCACGUGAUCAUGACAAUGAACGAUAUGAUUAUGGCAGGAAGUGAGACCCCCACCAUGACACUUCUCUGGAUACUCUAUUUUCUUGUGAAAUACCCCGAUGUUCAAGUGCGCGCGCAGAAACAGGUUGAUGACGUCAGUAGGAACGUCCAACCACUAGCGUGGGAAGGAAGAAAGCGUUUGCCAUAUUUAGAGGCGUUCAUUGCCGAAGUAUUGCGUAUUACUGGUGUGAUGCCUCUAGCAAUCCAACAUCUCGCCAUGGCAGACACGGCCCUAGCAGGGUACCAUAUUCCCAAGGGCACUACUGUGAUAGUCAACUUAUGGGCCAUGGGCCAUGAUCCCAAGGUCUGGGACGCCCCCAUGGAGUUCCGUCCAGAAAGGUUCCUUGACUCGCGUGGUGGUUUCAGCACGGCCAGCACUGAGGGGUUCACUCCAUACGGCAUGGGACUGCGCUCUUGUCCCGGAGAGCAACUUGCCCGGAUGGAGCUGUUCCUAUUCACGGUUCGGCUUCUGCGCAUGUUCGAGUUCCGUGCAAGUGAGGCUUUACCCGAAAUGCUCGAUGCCGAGUUUGGAAUCACACUCAGGCCAUUGCCUUUUAAAAUCCGCGCCAUCAAAAGACAUUGAAUUUUUUUCAUGGUUAUUGAUAACAGGGGCGGAUAAAGCUUUUCGCGAAAAAGAGGUUUGGCUCGGUGACAAAGGGUGGGGGGGGGUAUUUUUUUUGUUACAUAUGGCUUUCUGACAGCCCAAAGGAGGAUUUAACCCCCCUAAACCCUCACCCUCCUAGAUCCGCUACUGAAUAACCCAAGCCAACCUUGUGAAUCGCCUGAUCAUGGUUGACACCUUUUUAUCUCUUUACAGCCAAAUUCGUUGUUGCGCGACCUCGGCGAAUCCAAAAUCCUUGUCUCGUUUGGAAUAGCGCGUAGUCAGACACAAGCUUUGGGGGCUGUUUGUCUGGUUUUGAUUGUUUGGUUUGAUUGACUACGCGCUAUUCCCAAACGAAGAAAGGGAUUUUGGAUUCUGGCAGGUCGCGCAACAACGUAUUUGGCUAUAAAUAAGCAACAUAAAAUGAACCUUAUUGUCAGAUAAAGAGGCAUUGUCACUUUAACAUGAAUUUUCACUUAUUUCACCUAUCCAAUAAAACUACAACCAGACAACAUUA